AUGCGCUCGCUCAAGGGCCUCGAAGACGUCAUCUCCGUCACCAUGCUUGGCUGGUUUCUGGAGUGGCCCGAUGAUGGCCGGCCCUACCGCGGCUGGCCCUUUACCAAGGAGGACCCCGAUCCUCUUCACCCACAGUUUGAGUAUCUUCACGACGUUUACAAUUUGGCACAGCCCGGCUAUCCGUACAAGAAGCUUUCCGUGCCCGUCCUCUUUGAUAAGAAGACUCAGACCAUUGUGAACAAUGAAAGCAGCGAAAUCAUCCGCAUGUUCAACUCACAGUUCAACGAUUUGGCCAAGCGUCCCGAGCUGGACCUGGAGCCGGCCGAUUUGGAAUCGGCCAUGACCGAAAUUGACAAGCUCGUGUAUCCCAACAUCAACGAUGUAUGUGGCAAACACUGUCUUGUAUCAAAACAAAGUUUUUGGGAUGUGCAGCUGAUUUGA